AUGUCGGAUAAUAUUGGACCGAAGGAGCUGUCGAAUGCAUUCAAAUAUUUACUAGCUUAUCAGUUAGAUUCCAUCGCCUCUGACGGAGUAAUGCCAUCUGCUCACGGAGCUCUUCACAAACUUCUAUGCUCGUGUUAUUCGAAAAAUACAGAAGUUGUGGAAGUUUACGAAGGAGACAAUGGAAAUAAUGCACAGAUGUCAAAGGUGGAAAUUUAUAAGACAGCGAUGUGUGAUUGA